AUGGCUAAAAAUACUUCUGCAUUGAAAUCGACACCAAAACAAAUGAGCGAUUCAUGGAUCGUCAUUGAUGAUCAAGAUGAAUCAGACUUUGUUCUCAUUGAAAAAGAACAUCAACAGCCAUCUCCUCAAUCAAAACGUCCGCUAGGACAAAGCAACCAUAAUCAGUCGUCAACUAUUCCGUCCCAACCUACAGCAGCAACAGCGACGAAACAACAAAAUAAAAAACGUAAAUGGAAGGUGCUCUACUCAUUACCAUCGACCAGUGUUCAAGGUAAUGUUAAUGCUGCUAAUCUGGAUUCCUAUGUAAUGGAUCAACAUGCACAAUUAUAUGAUAAACGUGACUUGUUCACUUCUCAACAAUGCGUUGUCAAAGUCAAGUGA